UUUGUCUAAGGUUUCGUAAACACCCCACUUACUCUUCAGACACCAUUUUCUCAUCAAAGAAACAUGGAGGUUACCCCUGUAAUUGGAAUUUUGCUUUCUUUCCUUGUUGUUGGGAUAUUGAUAUGGGGAUGGAGAAUCUUAGACUGGGUGUGGGUGAAGCCAAAGAGGCUGGAAAGGCGCCUGAGGCAACAGGGUCUUACUGGCAAUUCUUACAGGUUUUUGUCUGGAGAUAUCAAAGAGAGCUUCGCCAUGAGCAGACAAGCAAGAUCCAAGCCUAUGCCCCUCAGUGAUGACAUUACGCAAUAUGUUGCUCCUUUCCUUCAUCAAACUGUCAAGAAUUAUGGCAAGAAUUCCUUUCAUUGGGUUGGUCCGAUUCCAAGGGUGACCAUCAUGGAACCUGAAGAAAUAAGAGAGAUAUGUACCAAAUUCAAUGACUUUCAGAAGCCGCAUACCAACCCUCUUGUCAACUUACUUGUAACUGGACUUGUAAGCCUCGAUGGAGAGGAGUGGGCUAAGCAUAGAAAGAUCAUCAACCCUGCAUUUCAUCAAGAUAAGUUGAAGAACAUGUUGCCAGCAUUCUAUCAAAGUUGUAUUGAGAUGAUCAGCGAAUGGGAGAAGCUGGUUUUCUUAGAGGGGUCUAGUGAGUUAGAUGUGUGGCCUUACCUCGUAAAAUUGACAAGAGAUGUGAUUUCCCGAGCAGCAUUUGGAAGCAGCUACGAAGAAGGUAGACGAAUUUUCCAACUACUAGAGGAUCAAAGCAAUCUUACAAUGCAAGUAAUACAAUCAGCUUACAUUCCGGGAUGGAGGCAUUUACCAACUAAGACAAACAGGAAGAUGAAGGUGAUUGCCAAAGAUAUAAAGGACUCACUCAAGGGAAUGAUAAAGAAAAGAGAGGAGGCAACUAAGGCGAGUGAAGUCAGUAAUGAUGACUUGUUAGGCAUACUUGUAGAAUCCAACAUUAGAGAAAUUCAAGAACAUGGGGAUCAUAAGAACAUGGGACUGAGUAUUGAAGAUGUGAUUGAGGAGUGCAAGCUGUUUUACUUUGCUGGUCAAGAGACCACCUCCGUUUUGCUGGUUUGGACAAUGGUUUUGUUGGCUAGGCAUCCACAUUGGCAGAGUAAGGCAAGAGAAGAGGUUUUGCAAGUUUUUGGUGACAGUAAACCAGAUUCUGAUGGCUUGAGCCGUCUGAAAGUCGUAACAAUGAUCUUGUACGAGGUUCUCAGGCUGUACCCCGCAGUCAUUGCACUAGGGCGCUCUGUUCCGAAAGAUACGAAACUGGGAAACUUCUUGUUACCAGCUGGUGUAGAAAUUUCAAUGCCAGUGCUGCUGAUUCAGCAUGAUCAAGAACUUUGGGGCGAAGAUGCACAUGAGUUUAAUCCUGACAGGUUCUCGGACGGGGUUUCGAAAGCAACAAAGAGUCAAGUCAUAUAUUUCCCUUUCGGAUGGGGUCCUAGAAUCUGCAUUGGACAGAACUUUGCUCUGAUGGAAGCAAAAAUGGCGCUUGCAAUGAUCCUAAGACAAUUCUGGUUCGAGCUUUCCCCUGCCUAUGCUCACUCUCCCUGCGCCUUAAUCACUCUACGUCCACAGCAUGGUGCUCACAUAAUUUUACAUAAACUUUAGUGCUAAAACCAUCAGGUUAUAUGUCAAACCACCCAAUCAAUAAUCACAUCCAUAGUUCAUGAUGUAAUACUAUUCAAAUGCAAGCUUAGGGGCCAAGUGUCAAACUCUCAGUAAAGCAAUGUAUAUAUGGGAUGAAUUACUAGACCUUAACUAUGGUGGUUUUUCUUUUAAGCAACAAAGAAGAUCUUUGAGGCAUUGAAAAUGAAACUCAUGAUAAUCAAUCUGGCUGUGAAAUA